UACAGUAUCCAGCUAGCUGGCGGAGUGAAAGCAUUGCGAGAAUGUCUACUCUCAAGUUCUGGAUUGGCCUGAGCCUCGUCGCCCUGGCAUGGAGUGCCGCUGUUCCGGGCAAGGCGCCCGUUGACGAGGAACGGAUGCAUCCCCAUCUUCCAAGCAGUCCGCGUCUGCGCAUGAUUUCUGGAGAGGAAACCUCGGAGUACUGGCUUUCGGCCAGCAAGAAGCUGAUCCGUGAGAAGUUGAACUUUGUGAGGAACACGAACAAAGCCAAGAACAUCAUUCUCUUCCUUGGCGACGGCAUGGGAUUGGCCACUCUGGCAGCGGCCAGAAGCUACAUCGGCGGCGAGGAGCUGAAGCUGUCCUUCGAGGAGUUCCCCUUCACGGGUUUGUCCAAGACCUAUUCGGUGGACAAAAUAGUCCCGGACAGUGCCUGCACCUCCACCUCGUACCUGUGCGGAGUCAAGGCCAACUACGGAACCAUUGGCGUUAACGCGCAUGUGAAGAGAGGCGACUGCCUGGCCAUGGCCAAUGAAACGAACCAUGUCUUCUCCCUGGGCAAGUGGGCCAUGGAUGCGGGCAAAGCUGCUGGUUUGGUGACCACCACCCGAGUUACCCACGCCUCUCCCUCGGGUGUCUACGCCCAUGUCGCGGAUCGGGAGUGGGAGAACAAUGCCGUCUUGGAGGAAGCCUGCGGGGAGCAAGCUGAGGGGCUGCAGGAUAUCGCCGUCCAGCUCAUCCACGGCGAAGUGGGCAGCAAGCUGAAGGUAAUGCUGGGCGGUGGCAAGCGGAGCUUCUACAGCCCGGAGCACUACGACAAGGGCCGCCGCACAGAUGGCCGCAAUCUCGUCGAGGAAUUUGAGGCUCUGGCCGAAGGCAACACUUUCGUAAAGACCCAGAAGAAGCUGCUAAGUGUCAAUGCCACCGAGACGGGUCGACUGCUGGGUCUGUUCAGCAAGAGUCACAUGCAUUACCACCUGGAACAGCUGGAUGAUCCGGACAACAAUGAGCCUACUCUAGAGGAGAUGACAGAAAAGGCCAUCGAGGUUUUGCAGACCGAGGAGCAGGGCUACUUCCUGUUCGUCGAAGGCGGCAAGAUCGAUAUUAGCCACCACGAUACGAUGGCUCGCAUUGCUCUGGACGAAACGGCUGAGCUGUCCAAGGCGGUGAGAAAGGCCAGGGAGAUGACCAAUCCGGAGGACACCCUUAUCGUGGUCACCUCAGAUCACUCGCACACGUUCAGUGUGGCGGGCUAUCAGCCGCGCGGCAGUGACAUCUUCGGACCCUCCAAGAAAAUGGGCAAGGAUGGAAGGCCAUACUUGACAUUGAGCUACGCCAACGGCAAGAGUUUCGAGGACUUUUACGACACGGAGACGCACGAGCGAAAGGAUCCCACCACUCUGUCCACGAUCGGGAACUUUGAUCAGCUCUUCCCGGCAAUGGUGCCCCUGGAAUCGGAGACGCAUGGCGGCGAGGAUGUUGGUGUGUUCGCCUCUGGCCCCUGGGCUCAUCUCUUCACCGGAGUCUACGAGCAGAACACCAUACCCCACAUCAUGGCCUUUGCUGCCUGUGUGGGCGAUGGUUUAACCGCCUGCGAUCAAUAGGAUUAAACCGAUAUGAUUGACAGACCAAAGGACUCUUAAUUAGCUGAAUCCUACCAGGCGAUUCUCACGUACGCGCUAUCGUGUUAAAUGAAUACUCAAAAUGUGACAGGUGCUCCUUGUGUGCACACACAUGGCACUCGAGCCGGGGAAAUCAGAUCGGGGAUUACUUGCUUCCCUAUCAAUUUGAAAAACCAAAUAUAUAUAUGUACUUAUACUACGCUUAUUGUCUGAUUAUAGCCAGACAUCCAACAAUUCCGAUUGAAUCCGAUUAAAUUUAUUAGAUUUUAUUCAA